AGCGUGCCUGGCGCCAAAAUUUUGAAAAGCGAGAAGUGUUUCUAUUGACAACAACAGCUCUCCGUAUAACGUCGUGGUUUGUUUAGACGUUAUUACGAUAUAUCGAAAAAGGAUUACUUUGGGGGGGAAAAAAAGGACAACAACGGAAAGAUGCACAUCAAAUCUAUUAUCUUAGAAGGGUUCAAGUCCUACGCGCAGAGGACGGAAAUCAACGGAUUUGAUCCGCUCUUCAACGCUAUUACCGGACUCAACGGGAGUGGGAAAUCCAAUAUUCUCGACUCGAUAUGCUUUCUACUGGGGAUAUCCAACUUGUCUCAGGUGCGAGCGGCCAAUCUCCAGGAUUUGGUGUACAAGAACGGUCAGGCCGGUAUCACCAAAGCCACCGUGUCCAUAACUUUCGACAACGCAAACAAGAGUCAGAGUCCGCUUGGAUUCGAGACCCACGACGAGAUCACGGUCACAAGACAGGUGGUGAUUGGUGGUAGGAACAAGUACCUGAUCAACGGGGUGAAUGCCAACAACACCAGGGUUCAGGAUCUGUUCUGCUCUGUAGGACUCAACGUUAACAACCCCCACUUCCUCAUCAUGCAGGUAGGGAGAAUCACCAAGGUUCUGAACAUGAAACCGCCUGAGAUCCUAGCCAUGAUAGAGGAGGCAGCAGGAACCAGGAUGUACGAGUGUAAGAAGAUCAGCGCCCAGAAAACCAUUGAGAAGAAAGAAGCCAAACUGAAAGAAAUCCAGACGAUCCUGGAUGAAGAGAUCACUCCUACCAUGCAGAAGCUGAAGGAGGAGCGUUCUUCAUACCUGGAGUACCAGAAGUUGAUGAGGGAGAUAGAACACCUGAGUCGUCUCUACGUGGCCUGGCUGUUUGUCUGCGCUGAGGAGACCAAGGUGAAGUCUGCGGAGGACCUGAAGGUGAUGCAGGACUCCAUCACUCAGCUGCAGGCCAACAUGGCAGACAACGAAAACAAGGUCCAGGAACUCUCCACCCAGAUACAGGAACUGCAGAAGAAGAGAGACAAAGAGGUUGGUGGAGUGCUGAAGGGGUUAGAGGAGACUCUGUCUGAGGUCCAACGGGUCGAUGCUAAAGCCCAGAGUGCUGUGGACAUGAAGAAACAGAACCUGGCAGAGGAGACCAAGAAGAGGAAGGAGCUGGUGAAGAGCAUGGCGGAGGAUAAGAAGAUACUAGUGGUGAAGGAAGCUGAGGUGUCCAAGGUAGCAGAGAAGCUGUCUGCCCUACAGGAGGAAGGUCAGAAGGAUAGCGCCGCCCUAGAGGCAGCACAGUGUCACUUCAAGGCUGUGUCCGCAGGGCUGUCCACCAAUGAGGACGGAGAAGAGGCCACGCUCGCCGGACAGAUGAUGACCUGCAAGAGCGACAUUAGUAAAGCUGACACCGAGGCCAAACAGGCCCAGAUGAAGCUGAAACAUGCUCAGCAGGAGUUGAAGGCCAAGCAGACGGAGGUGAAGAAGAUGGACUCUGGUUACCAGAAAGACCAGGAGGCCUUCAACACUGUCAAGAAGAACAAGGAGAAACUAGAGGCUGAUAUGGAGAAACUACAGUACCAAGAUGGGAAGGAGGAGGUUCUUCUGGACAGGAAGAGACAGCUGAACCGUGAGGUCACCACCCUCAGAAAUACCCACGAGAGUCUGAUGUCCCGCUUCCCGAACCUACGCUUCGACUACAGUGACCCAGAACGGGGCUGGGACCGUAGCAGAGUUAAGGGUCUCCUAGCUAACCUGAUAACAGUCAGUGAUGUGUGCUACUCUACUGGACUGGAGGUGGUGGCUGGAGGGAAACUCUACAAUGUUGUGGUGGACACUGAGGUGACAGGUAAGAAGUUGUUGGAGAAAGGAGAGCUGAAGCGUAGAUACACCAUCAUCCCCCUCAACAAGAUCUCUGCCAGGACACUUAAUGACAGCGUGGUCAACACAGCCAAGAGUCUGGUUGGGGAGCAGAACGUCCAUACAGCGCUGUCUCUGGUUGGCUAUGAGGCAGACCUGAGGAAGGCCAUGGAGUACGUGUUUGGUUCUACGUUGGUGUGUGAUACAUUAGACAACGCCAAGCGAGUGGCCUUCGACAAGAGAGUCAUGACCAAGACUGUUACUCUGGGAGGAGACGUCUUCGAUCCUCAGGGGACGCUGAGCGGAGGAGCCCGUUCCCAGUCGGCCUCCGUGUUGUCCAGUCUCCAGGAGCUGAGAGAGGUUCAGGACAGUCUGUCAGCCACAGAGACGGAGCUACAGGACCUGGACAAACAACUGUCUGGUCUCAAGGGGACGGCUGAGAGGUAUCGUUUGUUAAAGCAGCAGUUAGACAUGAAGACAGAAGAGUUAGAUAUUCUCCAGGUUAAACUCCAUCAGAGCUCCUUCCAUAAACAACAGGAAGAACUGAAGAUGUUACUGAAGACCAUCGAGGAGUGUGAGGAGACCCUGCGCAGCAGUAAGGAGGUCCAGAAGAAGGCAGAUGAGAAGUACAAGGUGUUGGAGGAUAAGAUGAAGAAUGCGGAGGCAGAGAGGGAGAAGGAACUGAAAGCUGCUCAACAGAAAGUCAACUCUGCUAAAACCAAGGCUGACGCCUUCAGCAAGAAACUGAAGGAGAGACAACAGGAGGCUGAGUCCCUGGUCCUAGAGUUGGAGGAGUUGAAGAGGGAGCAGACUGCCUAUGAACACCAGAUCCUGGCAGUAGAUGAAGCCAUGAAGACCCUCCAGGAACAGAUAGACAACAUGUCCACCACCGUGGCAGAGAACAAGGAGUCUGUGCGUAAGGCCCAAGAGGAGUUGACUAGACAGAAAGAGGUGAUCGUAGCCCAGGACAAAGAGAUCAAGGGUAAAAGUACAGAAGCCAACCAUAUGAGAGAGAGAACCAAUGAGUCUCAGUUGAAGAUUAAAGAGUUGGAACACAACAUCAGCAAACACCGGAAAGACAGUCAGGAGGCUGCUGCUAAGGUGUCUCGUAUGUUAGAGGAACACGAGUGGAUCAGUCAGGAGAGAGGCCUGUUCGGCCAGCCCAACACGGGAUACGACUUCAAGGUCAACAACCCUAAAGAGGCGGGCCAGAGGCUGAGGAAGCUGGAAGAGUCCAAGACACGACUGGAGAGAUCUGUCAACAAGAGAGCCAUGAACAUGUUGAGUCAGGCUGAGGAGAGGUAUAAUGACCUGAUGAAGAAGAAGAGGAUCGUAGAGAAUGACAAGUCUAAGAUCCUCCAGACCAUAGAGGAGCUGGACCAGAAGAAGAAGGAGGCCCUCAACAUCGCCUGGCAGAAGGUGAAUAAAGACUUUGGCAGUAUCUUCUCCACCCUGUUGCCUGGGGCUGAUGCCCGUCUGGCCCCUCCUGAGGGCUGCGGGGCCUUAGAGGGCCUGGAGUUCAAGGUGGCUCUGGGAAACACGUGGAAGGAGAACCUCACGGAACUCAGCGGAGGACAGAGGUCUCUGGUAGCCUUGUCUCUGAUCCUGGCCAUGCUGCUGUUUAAACCUGCUCCCAUCUACAUCUUGGACGAAGUGGAUGCUGCCCUGGACCUCUCACACACACAGAACAUAGGACAGAUGUUGAGGACACACUUCACACAUUCCCAGUUUGUGGUGGUCUCUCUGAAGGACGGCAUGUUCACCAACGCCAACGUUCUGUUCAAGACCAAGUUUGUAGACGGGGUGUCUGCCGUGUCCCGUACCACCCAGGCCCAACCAGACCAGAACAAGGGGCCGCGGAAAGGCCCGUCUCAUCGGCCGCAGGCACAAAAAAGAAUCGCUAACUAGUUAGCCUCUAGCUAGAGACGCUAACUGAUGUUUCUACGUGUCUUGUUUGUCCUUAUGUACGUUAAGGUCUUCACUAAAAGCCUUUCUACGAUGAUUUAGUUGUCCGUCUGGCUUAACAUGAAACCUGCAUAUUGCAAUUCUUCUGUCAGUCUGAAAUAUCCUGUUCUACACCAUGUAUUUUAAUGUCUUGUUGCUUAAAAUAAAAGCCCCUUUCACAAA